AAGGGAGGGAAAAGUUCCCUGCGCGGAGAGCCGGGCAGGCGCACGCUCAUACGGCGGCCGCAGCGGCAGGGCGGGGCCGGUGGGGCGGGCGGUGGCGGAGGAAGACCCCUGAUUGCGACCUCGCCUCCCUCGGUGUCUCUCUUAGACCUUGGUCACGUACCGGGGUCCGGAGGACUUGUGUACAGCGGCAAUGGGUGGCAUCGGGGAGCCCGGCGGGGGACCCGGGCCGCGGGAGGGGCCCGCACCGCUGGGGGCGCCCCUGCCCAUCUUCCGCUGGGAGCAGAUCCGCCAGCAUGACCUACCAGGCGACAAGUGGCUGGUCAUCGAGCGCCGUGUCUACGACAUAAGCCGCUGGGCACAGAGGCACCCAGGGGGUAGCCGCCUCAUCGGCCACCACGGUGCGGAGGACGCCACGGAUGCCUUCCACGCCUUCCACCAAGAUCUCCAUUUUGUGCGCAAGUUCCUGAAACCCCUGCUGAUUGGAGAGCUAGCCCCAGAGGAACCCAGCCAGGAUGGAGCUCAGAAUGCCCAGCUGAUCGAGGACUUCCGAGCCUUGCGCCAGGCAGCUGAAGACAUGAAGCUGUUUGAAGCUGAUACCACUUUCUUUGCACUCCUCCUGGGCCACAUCCUGGCUAUGGAGUUGUUGGCCUGGCUUAUCAUCUACCUCUUGGGCCCUGGCUGGGUGUCCAGUAUCCUUGCUGCCCUCAUCCUGGCCAUCUCUCAGGCCCAGUGCUGGUGUCUGCAACAUGAUCUAGGGCAUGCUUCCAUCUUCACUAAGUCCAGGUGGAACCAUGUGGCCCAGCAGUUCGUGAUGGGGCAGUUGAAAGGCUUUUCCGCCCACUGGUGGAAUUUCCGCCACUUCCAACAUCAUGCCAAACCCAACAUCUUCCACAAGGACCCAGAUGUGACUGUCGCACCUGUUUUCCUCCUGGGGGAGUCAUCUGUGGAGUAUGGCAAGAAGAAACGCAGAUACCUGCCCUACAACCACCAGCAUCUAUACUUCUUCCUGAUUGGCCCUCCGCUGCUCACCUUGGUGAACUUUGAAGUUGAAAAUCUGGCGUACAUGCUGGUGUGCAUGCAGUGGACGGACUUGCUGUGGGCUGCCAGUUUCUACUUCCGCUUCUUCUUGUCCUAUUCUCCCUUCUAUGGUGCCACUGGGACACUGUUCCUCUUUGUUGCUGUCAGGGUGCUGGAGAGCCACUGGUUCGUGUGGAUCACGCAGAUGAACCACAUCCCCAAGGAGAUUGGCCACGAAAAGCAUCGGGACUGGGCAAGCUCUCAGCUGGCAGCCACCUGCAAUGUGGAACCUUCGCUCUUCAUUGACUGGUUCAGCGGGCACCUCAAUUUCCAGAUUGAGCACCACCUCUUCCCCACGAUGCCAAGGCACAACUACCGGAGGGUGGCCCCCCUGGUCAAGGCAUUCUGCGCCAAGCACGGCCUACACUACGAGGUGAAGCCUUUCCUCACAGCCCUGGUGGAUAUCAUUGGGUCCCUGAAGAAGUCUGGCGACAUCUGGCUGGAUGCAUACCUCCAUCAAUGAAGGCAGCACCCUCACGGGUGGUGAAGGGGGUAAGGGUCCAGACUCCAGCAGUCACCGAGUCACUGGGCAAGAUUGACAGUCAUCCUCACCCCCUGCUGGGGCAGCCUGUCUGCCUGCCUGGUCUGGUUGGCUUUUCUCAGUCCUCAGCAUUUUCUGGUCAGGAGCCCUAUGGUCAUGGCACAUGUCCAACAGGACCAGGGUGGAGGGAACAUACUUAAAAUGACAUGGUGAGCAUAGCAUGUUUUCCUAGAGCAAGAACUGGAAGGAAAACUUGUUAUUUUUAUAUAAAAAGCAACCCAGACACAUGGAGCCAAGUGUUGGACUUUCAUGAAUUUUGGAUCCAAAUCUGCUUCAGACUUGGUGGAGAGGGCAUCAGUGUGGAGCUGGGAUGGAAUGUAAGGAGUUCCUCUCCACCCUGGGUGCUCUGGGUCAUGGAGGCAACAGCUACUCUAGCUUGGCUCUACCCCCAUGGUUUGUUCCUACACUGAGCAGCACCCCGGGGGGAGCUAUGUACUCAAGAGCCUAUGGUUAAGGAUCACAUCUGCAGGAGCCUCUGGAUUAUGGGGUGGGAAAGCCUAUAUACUAUAGGAAAGCCUCUAUCUGUACUGGCUUUCUAUGCAGGAGGGCCCAGUAGUGGGAGCUCUGCUACACUGGGCAUCGCACAACAAUUGUGCUGAAUAUGCAGUGACUCAAGUGUGGCCAUUCUGUCCCUAAGUCCUUUAAAUCUAAGGACUAUUUCUUGAGCAGGAACUAACCUCUCACUUGGCCUCAGGAUCUUCAUCUGGACAAUGGGUACAGUUGACUGCACUAUCAACCUUUGAACAGCUCAAGGCAGAAGUUUUGCUUUAUCUUGAUUCUCUCCCCAAAGUGUUAAGGAUGCUCCCUUCAAGCUAAGCACUGCAAUCUGGGAAGGCAUCCCUUCCCUAGUGCUUUACAUCCAACUCAGUGCUGUAGGCGUACUAGGCAAGUACUCCACUAUUGACCUAAACCCAAGUUUGGUGAGAGAGGAGAGGGGACAGUGGACUCUGUCAGCCGCAGCAUCAAUACCCCAUGGCUCCAAGCUGGGCUACAGAUCUUUAAAGAGGUCUCAGAAGCUUUAGGCUGUAGCAAUCCCAGCAGAAAUGCUAAGCUGGGGGUCUCCUGUAGGAGCUGAGGCCUCAUCACCAGCUGAGGGGACUACCCCGCCCUCUCUCCACUCCCUGUGGCCUCCUUGCCUAGGGAAGUCCAGUGAAGCCUCCUGGAUAAAGUGAGGGAAGCAGAGGUCCCAUCAGCGUCUGUACCUCCCUUGCUCUGUUCCAUUCAGCUCUGCCUCCCUUUCCCUGGGCUUAGGUGGAUGGGGCUAAGUCAUGUGUCUGCUAGGACUUAAGGCUGCUUGACCUCAAGGAAGGAAUUCGAGCUCUUAAAGCCAAAGUGUCACUUCCAACGUGAUGAGAAAUAAAAAGGAUGCCCUAGAAAGGCCCGCGCCAAAAGGCAGAAAUGUAUUUAAAAGCUUUAUGCGUCUGACCCCAUGCCUCUGGGCUAAACUGUUUUGAUCUCUGAGACAGGCCCUUUGCUUUCUCUGGACUUUCUUUUCUUCCUCAGGUAAGGACUGAAGAGCCUUUGAAAGCCACUUCUAAGCACUGUACAUAUACUUGUAAUUCCAAUGUACUUAUCAGAAGGAUCACAAGUUCAAAGGCAGCCAAGGCGACUUAUUAAAAUCCUGUUUGAGAUGAUGAUAAUAAUAAAUAUUUUAAGGGUC